UUUCAUCACCAUCAUAGAAUCAUAUAUACAUCUCACUCUACUACUAAAAGAGCCAGCCAAGAAUGGAUGACUGCCAUGUUCUUCUGGUCAUUUUCCCGGGCCAAGGCCACAUUAAUCCCUCUUUACAAUUUGCUAAACGUCUUGUCAAUCUGGGAGCCAAGGUCACCUUAUCAACAGGCUUCUCCGCCAUGAAUCGCAUGUCGAGCCGGCCGGAAAUACAAGGCCUAGACUUCGCCCCCUUCUCCGACGGCUACGAUGCCGGAUUAGAACCCGCCGACUUAAACGACUUCUGGGCUUCCAUAAAGACCAGAGGCUCCGACGCCGUGGCCAAGCUUAUCACGGCCAAGAAGGAGGAAGGCAGGCCCUUCACUCGCCUCAUCUACACCACAGUCAUGUCUUGGGCCGGGGUGGUGGCGCGUGGCCUUCACGUUCCGGUGACGUUGCUCUGGAUCCAACCCGCCACGGUUUUGGAUAUUUACUACCAUUACUUCACGGAGUAUGGGGAUUUGUUCAGGAAUUGUUCUGGGAAGAAUCGAGUGGUGGAGGUUCCAGGAGUUCCGCCUCUGGGUGUCAGAGAUUUUCCUUCUUUUCUGUUCUCCACUGAAACAAAUGUUAAUUAUGAUUUGGAUUGGGCUAUAGAAGCCAUGGGAGACCAGAUUGAGGAGAUCAACGGUGAAGAGAACCCCAAAGUUCUAGUGAACACUUUUGAUGCCUUGGAGUUUGAUGCUCUAAGGGCUAUAAAGAAAGUAAGAAUGGUUGGGAUUGGGCCUUUGAUUCCUUCUGCGUAUUUGGAUGGGAAAGACCCUUCUGAUACUGCGUUUGGGGGCGACUUGAGACAAAACUCAUCAAACGACUAUGUUGAAUGGUUAGAUUCCCAGCCCAAGAGUUCAGUGGUUUACUUAGCAUUUGGUAGCUACGCCGAUGCUCCAAACACAAUGCUAGAAGAGAUUGCUCAAGGGCUUGUGAAGACUAAGGUGCCAUUUUUGUGGGUGUUGAGAGAGACAUCCAAGGGCGAAAAGCCCGAAGAAAAGUUGAGGUGCAAAGAGGAGUUGGAGGAGCAAGGGAAGAUAGUGCGUUGGUGUGCCCAAGUAGAAGUUCUGCAACACCCGUCUAUCGGGUGUUUCCUGACACACUGCGGGUGGAAUUCAACGCUGGAAAGCCUAGCUUCAGGAGUGCCGCUUGUGGCAUGUCCGCUAUGGAACGACCAGUUUUCGAAUGCUAAACUCAUUCAAGAUGUUUGGAAGUUGGGGAUGAGAGUGAGUGCUAAUGAAGAAGGGGUCGUCGAAGCCGAUGAGUACAAGAGGUGCAUAGAGUGUGUAAUGGGAGGAGGGGAAAAGGGAGAGGAAUUGAGAAAGAAUGCUAAAAAAUGGAAAGAAUUGGCUAAGGGUGCAAUGAAGGAGGAUGGAUCCUCAUAUUUGAAUCUCAAGGCAUAUAUGGAUGAAAUGCUUUGCAGUCCAUAAAUUAGUAUUGGAAUUAAUAUAAUCUUUCAAGUAGCUAGUUUUGUAUGGAAUGAGACAUUUACAUAAGGUUGUCCUCUAGGAAUAGUGUGUGGUAAAUAGUAGAAAUUAAAACAAGCACAAGUUAUGUAAGUCAUGUAUAAGCUAAUCCAAGCAAGUGUAGUGAAAUGUUGGAAUAAGUGAUGAGCAAGUAAGAUAAGCUAGGUAGAAGAACUAAGAAAAUUUACAAGGGGACAAAUAUUCAAGAUAAAGAUAAGGAGUCGGAAUAUGCCAAACUUUGCCAAGAUGGUACCAGGUUUCUUGGGAUGGGACCAUGGAAUGACUUAGCAGGGUCAGGGGAGAUGCAACAGGGGUGCCACCAGUAUCCUCAUAGUCAUUAUUGUACAAAUUAAAAAAAAUAAAUAAAUAAAUUUAAGUUAAAUACAAA